UUUCUUCAUUACAUACAGAAGAAGCAGAAAUGGCGACCUCUUCUUCAUUCCUUCUUAGUCGUCUUCAAACAAAAGGACUCCCUGCAGCUUCAUCAUUAUCAAGACAAAGGAGUUUCAGUAUCUCUGAAAACUCAAAGUGUCUUACCAAAAGCAGGCCAUGUAGUGGUUUAACAGCCAGAUACGGUACAUACUGUUUUUUAGGCAUUGCAGAAGCAUCUAACAGCGCUGAAGUCGCAAUCCCAUUCUUGGAAAGCUUACAAAACUCAUUAAGUUCAUCAGCAAUUCCACCAAAUGUCCAAGCUGAAGUACCACACCCGCUAUCUGAAUAUAUGCAGGGAUUGCUGUUACUAGGAGAUUUGGACCCUGCAACAGCAAAAGUGGCAAUAGGAAUCUUAGGACCAUUUUUAUCAGGUUUUGGAUUUCUAUUCAUCAUAAGAAUAGUCAUGUCAUGGUACCCGAAACUUCCUGUAGGAAAAUUCCCAUAUGUUUUAGUUUAUGCGCCAACAGAACCGAUAUUGAAUCCUACGAGGAAAGUGAUUCCACCCCUUGGUGGAGUUGAUGUAACACCUGUUGUUUGGUUUGCACUAAUCAGUUUCUUGAAUGAAAUUUUGCUCGGACCUCAAGGGCUUCUAGUUCUUCUUUCUCAACAGGUCUAAGUGUUGAAGAGGAGAUGUAAAUUUAUACUUUGAGAAUUUUUGCAAUUGGUUAAAAAUAGAAAAAUUGUGGUUAAUAAAAGCUCGCAGAAUGACUUGUGUAUGAGUACAGUGUUGCUAUAUUGAUGAUGGUGUUGUAUUGAGUUAUGGUGUACAAUAUUUUUUUUGCAUGAUCUA